AUGAACGCACCCGGUCAUGCACCUAUUGCGCUGUGGCGCAUGAUGACCACGCGCUGGAUUUGUGUGCUGAAUGACAUGGCCUCUGAGCACAUGCUGGGUCGCCUCGUUGCCUUCUUACAAGAUACGUUGCAAGACACGCCUUGUAAUACCCCUCGUGGUAUGCUUAGUGAGCUUAGUCACUAUCUGCUCCGGAAUGCACAGUUCUUGGAGCAGAACAGGUGGCAGGCUGCCGUCCUUCGGCAUGUCUUGGCCUCGACCGAAUCACUCGUGGACGUCUCUCAAGCGUUGGCGUCCGUUCGGAUCCUUGCGCUCGUGCCCGUGGAGUAUUGUUCAAGGCAGCACGUGUCGAUCCUAGCGCCUCGCCUAUGGUGCUUGGAUGCACACUUGAUGCAGGAGCACUCGCUCUUAACCGCGCAUGGACGUGCGGCUUCUGAGCUGAAGCUAUUGCUUCGUCGCUGGUGGACUUCUUUCCCACACACAAUGAAACUGUCGACAACAUGCCUAACCGACUAUGUGGAUAUGCUCCUUUCGAUGCCAUGGGACCCAUUGGCUUCGCUGACGCAAGAGCUGUACGAAAAUAGCAGUAUUUCUCUCUUGCAAGUUUUACUACCGCACUGUGACGAUGCCUCUGUGCCUAUGGAGAAAUGGAUGUCGAUUGCGUUAGCGAACGAACCUGGUGGAAAGCGCUACGUCGCACGGCAUGUGAUGGCCGAGAUUCUUGAGUUUGCUGUGGAAAUAAAGCCUAGAUGGUUUUCUUUCUCCGCCCCAAUGGCAUCCUCUCUCGAUUGGUUGAAGAUGACAUUGAUGGUGGCCCUUGAACCUAUUCGCACUCAUUCCUGGGCUUCAGUGUCGCCACUCGAGCAGGCAUUCUUUCUCCGCGUGCUCUCUGCGCAGAUCCGUUGUCUUCCACAAGAUUCAAGUGUGGAUGAACUUGCUACUAUGCUUUCACAUGCGAUCGAAUUCUUGUGCGCUUCGGUUCGUGAAGACUGUUCACUAGCAGAGCGCCUAGCCCCGCUCGCCCAUUCACUGUUUACGUGUGCCACAACACUUGGCCCUAUGCUGCACGAGAAACAUUACUUCUACGUCACCUGUGCAUUUGUCUCGUUCUCUGCUGCAUUCUGCGACAAGGCAACUCAGCUGACGCCCUUGUAUCUGUCUGUGUUGGCAAAAAUGGAUACACAAUCAUUUGAAUCGACAUUGAAUGCUAUCGCGUCCUUAUUCGAGUCGGACUCUUGCUGCUUCAUUCAUGAGCUUUCUUCGUUCUUGCAUGUCCUUUGUCUCAUGCUUGAGCAUGCUCCUGCCGGCACCAGUCAUGCAUCUAGUCGAUGUAUUUCCGCAUUGCUUCUUUGUCUAACAACACUUGCCAUGAAAUUGCCAGCUCUGACCCGGUCGAUUGUCGAUUGGCUCAGUUGUGUGUGUCAACAUCGUGCAAGGGUCCUGCGUCCAUUUGAUGUGCCGCGUAUUUUGGCUUUGGUUGGUACGCUUCUUGGGCCGUGUGCAUCAACAACCCGCACUGAUGCAUGCACUGAUGCGCCGUGGAUCUUUCGCGGGAUCUGUGCGGCUCUUCGCUCUAUUGUACGGCAGCGAAAAGAUUUGGUGACGCCGUGUCUUCCACAUCUCACUGACAUCCUGUCUCAGCAACUUCGUUUACUAUCUCACAUGCUGCGUGCGCACCCUGGACUAGCUAUUUUGCGUCGGAUCCAUGCCUCGACACCAUGCUGGAUUGAUAUUGUGGAGCAUCCGCUUGGCGUAACGGAGGCACAGGCUUUUAGACGACUCCUCACUGAGUUGGAGGGAAAGACGUCGGUUGCUAGUUUAGGAGUCAAGCGAGCCCGAACUGAAACACGCAGCAUAACAGAGUCUCUUGCCAAACCCAUGUCAAAAUAUGCCGUGUACAUCAUGGUUGCGUAUGUGCGCUGUGUGACUAUGCCCGACACGACCAUCACUGCAGCGUUACGCCAAGAACUGCAGCCAGGCAUGUUCGCGCUCUGUAACAUGUGUGGGGACUUUGAACGAGAUGCAGCUCUGAAAAGCAUGCUUGACGCGGCUGGACAGUUGGUGUUCAAGAGUAUAUGGACUCAAUGGGAUGCUCAACGGUAUAAAGGUGCUUGA